UUGUGUUGGAAUUUUAUAAGUUUAUUUCACUGACUUCAAAUAGUUGAGAGGAGAGAAGAGAAGAGAACGUCACAGUGGUAGUGUUUACUUGGGACUGACCACAUUCUUUCUCUCUUCAGAUUAUCACUUUUCUUCUCUGUUUUUCCGCUUUCUCAAGGAAAGUUGAAAGAGUUUCGAUUGAGGAUGGGUAAAAGUAAAACAAUUGAGUUGUAUGGAUUCCCUACUUCUGUGGUUGUGCCCGAUGUAAAGAGAUUUGUAGAGCGUUUUACUGGUGAAGGAUCUGUGGUUGCUAUUAAGAUAAGAGAAGGCAAAGCCCGGGUUCAAAGAGCAUAUGCAAUUAUUCAAUUCAAUACUGCAAAUCAAGCUACUCAUAUGUUGUCCUUACAUAACAGAAGUUCGACAAUGUUGCGGUACGGGAACUCGUAUUUAAAAAUUCGGGAAAUGGUAAGAGAUAUCGUUCCAAAUCCGAGGACAUAUUUGGAGAGUUUGGAUGAUGUGACACUGUAUUUUGGCUGUCAGAUCUCAAAGGAAAGAUUCUCUAUUUUGUGGAGAAAGAGGGAUGUUAGUGUAGAUUUAAGUGCUGGAAUGAGAAAGUGGCGAUUCUGUAUGUGCCAUGACAAUAAGAAGUUCAAAUUUGAUCUUUCAUAUGAGAACAUUUGGAAGAUUGAGCAGUAUCAACCAUGGGGUAAAACUGCAAAGUAUCUCCUGAUUCAGUUAAUUGGUGCACCUCGGAUUUUUGAGCUUUAUGUUCCCACUUCAACUUCAACAAAUGUAUAUGAAGAUCCUUUGAAGAACUAUUUUAAAGAAUCUCCUGAUGAUCAAUGGAUCCGAGCAGUAGAUUUCACUCCUUUCAAUUGUAUAGGGCAGUCUUCUGCUAUAUGUCUUGAGCUUCCUUGUGACAGAGAUUUUCCGAAUAUCAGGGAAUACUUUGUUCAUUACCAGGAAAAUGAGGGUCAAUACACUUUGGAGAGUGGAUCGCCUUUUUCUCACAAUCUGGAUGUUGUCCCCAUUGUUGCUCCUCCUCAAGGCAUUUAUAUUCCAUUUGAUAUCUUGUUUAAAGUUAAUUCAUUGGUUCAGCACGGGUGUCUUUCAGGUUCUGAACUCGAUAAUGCUUUCUAUUGUCUAGUUGAUCCACUUAGAAUAAAUGUUGACUUUAUCGAGCAUGCUUUAGAAAAGAUGUAUUAUUCAAAGGAUUUUUGUUAUGAACCCGCAAGGUGGCUGAAAGAUCAGUACAGAAUGUACCUUAAUUCAAAUUAUCCGCUGCAAUCACCUUCCAUAUCUUUGGAUAACGGAUUGGUAUAUGUUCGCCGGGUUCAGAUAACACCUUGCAAAGUAUACUUUUGUGGUCCAGAGAUUAAUGUUUCCAAUCGUGUCGUCCGCCAUUUCCAUGAACACAUUGACAAUUUUUUACGUGUUUCGUUUGUUGACGAGGAGUUGGAUAAACUGUAUUCAACAGAUUUAUCUUCUCGUAUUUCUGUGGGUGUGAGAACUGAGGUAUAUAAUAGAAUUCUUUCCAUCCUUAGAAAUGGCAUAGUUAUUGGCGAUAAGAAGUUUGAAUUUCUUGCAUUUUCGUCAAGUCAGUUGCGUGAAAACUCACUAUGGAUGUUUGCUCCUACGGCAACAGGACUUACCGCCCAAUUCAUAAGAGCAUGGAUGGGAGAUUUUAGCCAGAUAAGAAAUGUGGCUAAAUAUGCUGCUAGGCUGGGACAGUCUUUUGGUUCGUCUACCGAAACUCUAAGUGUCAACAGGAACGAAAUUGAGAUUAUUCCCGACGCGCAGGUUAAACAUGAUACAAUCGAAUAUGUCUUCUCAGAUGGAAUCGGGAAAAUAUCUCUUGAAUUUGCUAGAAGAGUGGCUAAAAAGUGUGGUUAUGAUUCUACACCAUCAGCAUUUCAGAUUCGGUAUGGAGGGUACAAAGGAGUUGUGGCCGUUGAUCCAACCUCAUCAGUGAAGUUGUCACUGAGGAAAAGCAUGUACAAGUAUGAUUCCGAUAACACAAAAUUGGAUGUUUUGGCGUGUAGUAAGUAUCAACCAUGUUAUCUGAAUCGACAGUUGAUUACUCUCUUAUCCACUCUGAAAGUUGAGGACAGUGUAUUUGAGAAAAAACAAAAAGAAGCUGUUAAUCAACUGAACACUAUACUAACAAAUUCAUUGAAGGCACAGGAGGUUUUGGACUUGAUGUCUACUGGGGAGAUCACCAAUAUUUUGAAGGAGAUGCUUUUUUGUGGUUACAAGCCUAAUGUUGAACCAUUUCUUUCCAUGAUGCUGCAGACAUUUAGGGCAUCGAAACUGUUGGAAUUGCGACAGAAAACUAGGAUAUUUAUUCCAAAAGGAAGAGCAAUGAUGGGAGUUCUAGAUGAAACUAGAACCCUAGAAUAUGGUGAAGUUUUUGUUCAAUAUUCUAACAAUAGGAUCAGCAGUCUUUCUUAUGGUUCGGCAAAUUCUCUUGUGGUUACAGGUAAGGUAGUAGUAGCGAAAAACCCCUGCUUGCACCCUGGCGAUGUGCGUGUUUUGAAGGCCGUCGAUGUGCCGGCCUUGCACCACAUGGUGGAUUGUGUUGUUUUCCCUCAAAAAGGCCACAGGCCACAUCCAAAUGAAUGUUCGGGAAGCGACUUAGACGGUGACAUCUACUUUGUUUGUUGGGAUCCUGAAUUGAUUCCACCUGAAACAACUGAACCAAUGGAGUAUGCUUCUGUCCAACCUAUUGUAUUGUAUCAUGAUGUGGAGAUUGAGGAGGUGGAGGAGUAUUUUACCAAUUACAUACUCAAUGACAGUCUUGGAAUAAUUGCCAAUGCACACAUUGUCUUUGCAGAUAAAGAACCUGCUAAAGCAAAGGCUGAGCCAUGUAUUGAACUUGCAAAGCUAUUCUCUAUAGCAGUCGACUUUCCAAAAACUGGUAUCCCAGCAGUUAUACCUCCUCAUCUUUUUGCCAAAGAAUAUCCAGAUUUCAUGGAGAAGCCUGAUAAAACCACCUACAAAUCAAAUAAUGUAAUAGGAAAACUCUUCAGAGAAAUUCAAGGAAUUCCAUCAAGGGAUGGCUCUAUUACAUCCUUCACACUUGAAGUGGCUAAAAAGUCGUAUGAUCCCGACAUGGAAUUUGACGGCUUUAUGGAUUACGUCGACGAUGCCUUCUAUCACAAGACCAACUAUGACUACAAGUUGGGAAAUCUGAUGGACUACUAUGGUAUCAAAAAUGAAUCCGAAAUCCUCAGUGGGAAUAUUAUGAGAAUGUCGAAAUCUUUCAACAAAAGAAGGGAUGGGGAUGCGAUUAAUAUGGCUGUAAGGUCCCUUAGGAAAGAGGCAAGAAGUUGGUUUAAUGACGACGCUACCGGUGUAGAUUCUGGUAGCGUUGAUGCGUAUGCAAAAGCUUCUGCUUGGUACUAUGUUACUUACCAUCAUAGUUAUUGGGGUUCAUACAAUGAAGGUAUGAAGAGAGACCAUUUCUUAAGCUUUCCAUGGUGUGUUUACCAUUUACUUGUUCAAAUCAAGAAGGAGAAAGCCAGGAUGAGGAUGCAUGCUGUUAGCUUAGAACAAAGUUUCAGUCGUAGAUUGCGUCUAGAUUGACAACUCUGCUUAUACUUAUUGACUUUGCAUGUAAAUAUUUAUAUGGUAAUAUCAUAUAUAAUGUUGAGUUGGGGUUUUUAUAUCAUUUCUAAGUAUGAUGCAAACUCAUUAGAUAUAUUAUAUAUGGGGUUUUAUCUAUCUUCUUAUUUUGAUUGUAAAUAUGAUGAAUACUCAUUAGUGGUAUUAUUCACUUGAUUUCUCUAUUUACUUAUUUUCUUCUUUGGGAGAGAUUAAUUGAUAGGGAGUGAAUGGAUUGUGUUAUUCAAA